UCAUCAGGAAUGACGUCGGUUAAAAUAUCAAUGCAGUGGAAUGAUGUAGCAUUAAAUUUAAUUCGAUGAGGACGUGUGAUAACUGGUGGGUGUAGGUAGAGUGAAUGGAACUGAAAAUUACAGAGUGAGAAUGGCAGAACAAGAAAAUACAAAUUUUGGAAGGGUGCACUUCUGCAAUAUUUAAUGGGGACAUGCUACUCUCGUAAGAUCACCAGUGAAGAUCUUUAUUAUUAUAAUCUUCCUAUGGAGCCUCCUAAGUCUGGACAUGCCCCAAGAUCUAUAAGAUCUUCUCCUUAUAACAGGAAUGUUACAGAUUCUUGUGGACUUGCUUUGAAGAAACGGCCACUUUUGGGAAGUAAGCUUCCCCACCUUGGAAGAUUAAACUUUGCUUCAGAAAAACAUAGUGGGUUCAGUGAAAAUGCUUCUCUUUCUUCUAACUUAAAUAAAAAUAGACCUUCUAAACUUCACAUUCUUGUACCAAGUUCUGCGAAAUCCUUGGGACGAAAUAAAAUAUCGCCAUCCUCUCCAUCAUCUAGCAGCUUAACUGCUAUUUCACAAAUUAAUCAAGAGAAUAAGACUUUGUCACCAACAAAUGCCAAUUUUGUUAAAUCAAAACCAGAGAGUGUUGAUUCUAAUUUUAAUAAAUGUAAUACAAAAAACUUGCAUAUGAUUGAUAAUAAUGAUAAUAUUUCAUCAAAUAUUCUCCAUACUUCCAAGAACCACACCGUCUCAAACAUCAAAAGUGAACAGGAUAUAGAAAAAUUUGAAGAAAUAUUCAAAAAACCACCCUCUGUUAAUUUGUUUUAUAGCUCAAGUAGCCAGUAUUAUUCUGAACCAGCACAGAAUAUUCAUAAUCAGAGUAUUGGUAAAGAAGGUAUGGGAGACCACCUACAAAAAUCUGGGCUACCCAUACGUACUUUUCAAAAGCCUUCUAAAUUAACAUCUUUUAUCAGUGGAAUACGAAAGCCUCAAGAGCGUCAGCUAAAAGGAAAAAUAGUUAGCACUUCAGACAUGCCACAAAAAGAGACUGGAACAAUUGAAAAAAAGUUAUCAGAUAAUUCAUAUAAUGUAAUCAGUACAAAAGAUUUGCUAAAAGAUGAAAAGUUGCAACAGGUUGAAUAUCUGUCUCAACCAAAAAAAAAUAAAAGUGAUUCUCCAUCCCUAUUAAACAGCCAGGAAACUUGCAUCAACUCAUCCGGUAAGCACAGGGACCGAGAUUCAGGACUUGGAAAUAGUUUUAGUGAAAUGGGCAUAAAAGCUGAGGAUUCUGAUACUCUUAAAGAUGCUGAACAUUUUAGUUCAUUUGAAGGAUCACCUGUUUUUAACAAGAGUUAUGAACCAUCCUUGGAAAAUUUAAAGUUUCAGAAUUCUGCUACUUCCAUUCAAGCUACACAGAGUCAGUUACUCUCUCGUAUUCCUAGCAGUAGCAGACAGAACCAGUUUCAAGCAAAUACCUCGGCUUACAGAUGUGACAAGAAAGAAGACUGUCAGCAAAAAUCAACAAGAAUAAUUGAAAACUCCUUUCCUCAGUCUUACGGCUCAUUUCGAGGUAUCCUAGCAUAUCGUAAAAUACCACCAAUGAAAUUUGACGAAGGUCAGACACACUGGAAGAAGUUUCAAGGUUCCAGCAGCCAAAAUACCAAAAGAUCAUACUUGCCUAGUAACUUACCAAACAUUCCAAAACCUGCCAUAUCUAAGUGUGAAAAACAGAUUUCAAGUGAAAAUCAGAUCACAGUCAUUGCCACUACCUCAGAAAAAACACAUGAAGAUCGACAACAUGAACAAAUUGACAGUGAUGAUGGUUGUUUAAGUUCUUUGCUUCUGCAGACUUCUGAAAGAGAAAAAAGUCACAUGAGUACCAGCCAAGUGUCACAAAAUACCACUGACAGUACUCUUGAAGAGCAGAGCUGUUUUAGUCUCACCUAUGAGUCAGAUAAUAGAGAAUUUCUAAUUGAUGAUGAAAUAGCAGACCAGCCAGGGCUAGUGACCUUUGGAUGUGGGAAGUACUACCCGAGUGGGCUUACUUCCACUCUACAAGAGUCGGUUACUGAACUGAGUGCUCUGCAAGAAAACUGGAAAAAUAGUUAUAAAAACAAGAGUGCAUUUAACUUUGGUAAUAGUCUGAAGUCAUGUUCAGAUAUUGCUUCCUCAUGUUCUAGUCUAGCCUCUGAUGAUAUGAUGUUGGAUUUUGAAGCAAAUGACAGCUUUGAUGUUGCAUCAAUAAAUACAGGAAGCAUUCACAGAAGAAAAGGGCAGCACAGAAAUGCAAAUACUACUUUUAAUAAUACAUCAUCAUAUGAGCAACAAUUUGAAUGUAGGGUACGAUCAGUGAGUCAGCCAACUCCAAUGUCUUUCCAUUAUCCCCAGAGUGAGAGUGAUGAUGGGAGUGUUAAACUAGAUGUGCCAACGUACAAACUUAUCUGUCAGGAUAUGAACAGUAUCAAGACUCAGCUGUUGCAUUUAAAGAGUGUACUUCAUGAGGCAGAAACACUAAAUCCAUUCGAUACAUCUACUGCAGAGAAUGUAUUCUAUCAAAAUCUGGUAAACAGUGACCUCCCAUCAGGAUACUUGAUGGGAAAAGAAAGUAUUGAUGUAGAAUCCCCCAAGUCUCGGUCUGCAUUAACAUUGGAAAAUUCUGACCUACGGAGACAGGUGAUUCUACUUCAAGAGCAACUUGAAGAAAAGGAUUGUGUAAUUCGUUUGCUUCAGCAACAAAUGACUGAGUGCACUGCAGCAACGGACAAAUCUGAAACUUUUCUUGAAGGUAACAAAUGCAAUUCAGCAACACAGACAGAGAGAGUAAAGUCAUGGAUAAGCAGUCAGAAUCCAGAACGAUCUUAUGAUGAUUCUUCUGCUACCUUAGUAAGUCUUAAAAGGAAGAUUUCUUCUCAAGUCCCAAGAAAAACUGUGGAUGUUCAAAAGAAAAAAGAUGAGAAAUGGAAGACUGCAGGAGUCAGAAGACUUCAAUCAGUAAAGAAUGUGUUAAUGAGUUCUCAGUGUUAGUUUCAGUUUUAUUCUCUCCUAUCGUUGUUGUAUUUUACAUAAUAUAUUUUAACAUUAUAUGUAGUAUGAAAUCUUGGUUGUGCAGUUGGGAUAUGAAAAGCAUAAGGACCGGAAUAAGAAAUCAUCUGAAGGGUCCCCACUAUAAUCUGAUUAAAAAUGGUUUUAGGGCUGUGUAGGUAUAUAUAUGAGUGUUACUGUUUUGUAAAUUAAAAGAUGACUUCAGGGCUGUUUAAAUAUACAGUUGUUACUAUUUUAUCUGGUCUCCUAUUCUUCAGUCAGUCUUGAAAUAUGCAGUAAAGUUUUGAAUGAUGACAGAACCUUUAAUUCCAGCUUAUUUCUCAUCUGCUUGUUUGAGAACAACAAAGUUACUAAAUUAUGAGUUUGUCUUUUUUUUUUUUAAUUAUGAUAAUGAAAGUUAUAAGUAGAGGCUAAAUUUAUUGGUAAUUAGUGUGUUCAUGUAUAGGUACUCAGGGCUAUGAUUUCAUUAACUAUUAGAUGUAUCUGAACUUCAUUCCUACUUCUAAAUGUCACACAAAAUAUUUUUUUGUGUUGUAGGGGAACAAUAAGAAGCUUUGUGAGGUCUGAGUUUUUAGGUAGAAGAAAUUUCUUUGAGAAAUGAAUGAUUAAUUAAGAGAGGAAUCAGAAAAUAUAAUUGCAGAAUAGGUACAACACCUGUAGCACUAUAAAUUUCUAAAAAUGUAAGGAACAGCAAACAAUGUUUAUAAAGAUUUGAAUGUCAAAUUAGCGAUAUUUCUCCAUAAUACAUGUGUAUAUAAUGUAUAUCACAGUCAGUAAAAAAAAAAAAUACAAAUUCCAUUUCUCGUCUGAUGUAUCAUAAAUUUUUAAAGUACACUUAACGUUAUCAUUAAUAUUCAUAUUUGGAUAAAUUAUCAAUGGCAUGCUCUUCUGUUAUUUUAUAAUUGGUAUAGAAAAAUUAGUAAAUCAAAUAACAUUACAAUAGCUUAAGUGUCACCAUAUAUAAAUAUAUAGAAACUGUUCUUUCAACUGUCAUGGGUUAUUUCUUUUUCCAAAAGAUUUAUAUAUUUUUGAAAUAUUGUUACUUAAAAUGGAUUCAUUGCCAUUUGAUAUGUAGUAAUAACUUUGGAACCAGGACCUUAUUACUUGAAUGGCUUGUUUUUGAGAAUGGUUUAAUAAAGGAAUCAAGGAUUGAUAUGUAUAUAUUGUACACAUAAACAACACGUGCUAUGUGUAUAACAUUCAUUUGAAGCUAAUGCUCAGUAUCAGAGUUGUCACCAUCCAGUGUAGAACAAAUCGUAGGGUAAACUCAAGAAAUAUGUAAGAUAUCUCUUUUUUUUUUCACUUUUCUGGAUGUUACAUACUCUGAAAGUCUAAAGCUUAACCAGAUAGGCAGUAUUUAUUUAUUACUGUUAUAUUAUUGUGGAUGCAUUUGUCACACUGUGAUACUGUGUAAAUUUAUGUAUCAUUUUAAUGCAACACGUUACCUCCCCCCCCUCCAUUACGUUAUUUUUACUUGCAAAAAAUUUUAUCUUUUUUUUAAACACUAAAUAGCAGGAGAUAACACAGUUUACAUUAUCUUUAUUUGUUUUGGCUUGGUAGAAAAAAGAAUGCACUGAGUAUUUGAGAAGUGUUGAUACACUGGGUUUCUUUAUCCUUGGGCUUAAAUUAACUUAAAAAUGCAAUCCUGUUGACCUUUAUUGCAGAAAAUGAUUUUCUAUUUGUUUGUACAUCUAUGUAUGGUAGAAUAAGAUCCAAUAUAACAAAGUUAUGAUUUAUACAGAAUAUUUUCACUUUUAUUUAUCAAACAAUAUGUAUAAAAUGGUCCCCUGAAAAAAUCUUAGGUGAGACUGUCUUCUUGACAUCUCACUGAACUUCUUAAGAAAAAUAUUUUUUGCAUUUAUACAUACCUGUUUAUUUAGUGUGCCCUGUUAAAUUCUUUCACAAAAUAUUAUUUUUUCAUUCUGAAUAUUUCUGGAAAUAUUCUUCUAGCCUUUCUCCAUAUAAUAUAUUAACAAGUCUCAUUGCCUUGAGCCUCCUUUUAGCACCCACUGCAUGAGUGUAUGAGAAAAUUGUAAUUUUUAUGCAUGUUAACAGUUUACAGGUAUGUUUUUCUAUUUUGUACUGGGAGUGUGUGCGGGAUCGUAACUCACCUGUAACCUGUCUGUUUUUAAACAUACAUCUAAGUAUAAAAGAAAUUUGUUUAUAAAAAAAACUUGCAUGGAUCUUUACUCAUUUUUUACUCGGCAAUAUGCACAAGUAAAGUCAGAAAUAUGGAUAUGGUGUAUUCAAGUUUUGUUUUGAUUUUUUAAUGAUUAUGGUGUUUUAUGAAGUAUAUAUUAAUUAAGUAUUCAGAUUUGCCACAACUUUCAUCACCUUCAACUACCCGUCUCUGAAGUGCAUCAAUAAGCAUAGCUUUACCAAAAUUAGGUUACAUAUAUAUAUAAAACACACGCACACAAAACAAAUGGUGGAGUUGAAGUAGAACUACAAUAUUUGCUAAGUAUAUGUAUGUAUGUAUAUAUUUGGCAGACAUUGUAGUUUUACUUUAACUACCAUUCAUGUGUGUGUACAUCUAACCUAUAUAAAGACACAAUAAUAAAUGUACAAGGUUUCAACAUGUUUUUUUAUCAUUAUCAGGUACAAGUAGUUUACCUAGACACAAGAUUAUAUACGUAUAUAUAAGCAAAAUUACCCAUCCCGAGUGGCAGGAAAAGUUUAAGAUAAUCUAUCAAUUGAAAUUAUUUCAUGGACUUUAAAAGUUUAAUUGUGUUUCACUCAGAGCCAAAGCUUUGAGCUACUUAUA